UCUUCUUCUAACUUCCCAUUAUCGGCUGUUUCAAGUUGACCAAGUUUUUAAUGGUCCACUCCGUAUUUUCCCUUUUAUAUAUUUCUUCACUCAAUUUGUUUUAAGUCUUCUUCGCUUUUUUGUUAACAUUAUUGUCUACAUGUUUUUGUUGGCGAGAAUGCUGUAAUCUUUAUUCAGAAAUUCUGUCAUAGCUUGUGUAGACCACAUGCAUUUUUUUUAAUAUAUAUUUAGAAGCAGAGGAAGAGAAAAAAGAUUCUUUUUUGGUUUGAAGAUGAAUUCAAGAAUUGAAGCCUUUAUGCUCCUGAUCUUGAUUUUCUUCCAAAUUUGUACUGUUUCUGGACUCACAAAUGGUUUAGACGCUUCUGCUCUAAAAGGCCUGAAGGAUGAAUGGACCAGGGCUCCUGAUAGUUGGGAAGGAGCUGAUCCUUGUGGAACCAAUUGGGUUGGAAUUACAUGUAUAAACGACCGCGUCGUUUCAAUAUCACUAGGUAACCUUAAUGUGGAAGGAAAGCUUUCCGCAGAUAUUGCAACCUUGUCUGAAUUGCAGAUCUUGGAUUUGUCAUACAAUAUUGGAUUGUCCGGACCACUUCCACCAAAUAUCGGUGAACUUAAGAAGUUGAGGAACUUGAUCCUUGUGGGAUGUAGUUUCAGUGGUCAAAUCCCUGAGUCUAUUGGAGCUCUUGAAGAACUUAUCUAUCUCUCCCUGAAUUUAAAUAAAUUUAGUGGAACAAUUCCGGCUUCCAUUGGACGGUUAUCGAAACUAUAUUGGUUCGAUAUAGCAGACAAUCAGAUCGAAGGACCGCUUCCAGUUUCUAAAGGCACUUCUUCACCUGGACUUGACAUGCUUCUUGAAACUAAGCAUUUCCAUUUUGGAAAAAACAAGCUUUCGGGCCCAAUCCCAGACAAUCUUUUCACCUCAAAGAUGACCUUAAUACAUGUGCUCUUCGAUGGAAACCAAUUCACGGGUGAAAUCCCAGCCAGCCUUAGCAAUGUUAAAACGUUAACAGUGUUACGCCUUGAUAGGAAUAAACUCACUGGAGAUAUUCCUACAAGUCUUAACAAUCUCACAAAUCUCCAAGAACUGUACUUGGCCAACAACAGAUUUUCGGGUAGUCUUCCAAAUUUAACCAGUUUGACCAGUCUAUACACAUUAGAUGUGAGCAAUAACACUUUAGAAUUCUCACCAAUUCCAUCAUGGAUCUCUUCACUACCCUCCCUCGCAACAUUAAGAAUGGAAGGGAUCCAACUUAACGGUUCAAUACCAACCUCAUUUUUCAGCCCUCGUCAGUUGCAGACUGUUAUCUUAAAAAACAAUCGGAUAGACUCAACCUUGGACUUUGGUACAACCUAUAGCAACCAGUUGGAGUUUGUUGAUUUACAAUUUAAUAACAUAGAUGUGUACAAACAACCACCAGCUAAAUCACGAAUCCAAGUAAUAUUAACAGAUAAUCCAGUGUGCCUAGAGGUAGGUAACAGGCCAAGUUACUGCUCUGAAAUCCCACACAACACCUCAUUUUCUACCAUCCCAUCAACAUGUUCUCUAUGUGAACGGGGCAGGCAAGCGAAUCCCUUGUGCAGUUGUUUGUAUCCUAUCACAGGAACACUAUACUUCAGGUCUCCUUCCUUCUCAGGAUUAUUCAACUCCACAAACUUCGACAUUCUCCAGAAGGCAAUUGCUGAUUUCUUCAAGAAGUUCCAUUAUCCGGUGGACUCUGUUGGCAUCAGAAACAUUAGAGAGAACCCAAGUGAUCGUCAGCUUCUUAUAGAUCUCAUGGUCUUUCCUUUAGGCAGAGAGAAUUUUAAUCAGACGGGAAUGUCACUUGUUAAUUUUGCCUUUAGCAACCAGACUUAUAAGCCUCCUUCUAUAUUUGGACCUUACGUUUUCAGAGCCGAUCCGUACAGUCAGUUCUCUGAUGGAGGAAGUUCAAAGUCAUCAAACACAGCUAUUAUAAUCGGAGCAGCAGUUGGUGCUGCGGUUCUUCUAUUUUUGUUAACUUUAGCUGGGAUUUACGCUCUCGGGCAGAAGAAGAGAGCAAAGAGAGCAACUGAUCAAAACAAUCCUUUUGCUAAGUGGGAUACGAGUAAGAGCAGUAUCGAUGCUCCACAGCUAAUGGGAGCAAAAGUUUUUACUUUUGAAGAGCUGAAGAAAUGUACUGACAACUUUUCAGAGGCAAAUGAUGUUGGUGGUGGAGGUUAUGGCAAGGUUUAUAGAGGAAUUCUUCCCUCUGGGCAACUCAUAGCAAUAAAAAGAGCUCAACAAGGAUCUUUGCAAGGAGGGUUAGAGUUUAAAACUGAGAUUGAGCUCCUUUCAAGGGUCCACCAUAAAAAUGUUGUUAGACUCUUGGGAUUCUGCUUUGAUCGCAGUGAACAAAUGCUUGUAUACGAGUACAUUCCAAAUGGCUCUCUUAGAGACAGUCUCUCAGGGAAGAGUGGGAUUAGAUUUGAUUGGACAAGAAGGCUUAGGAUAGCACUUGGUGCAGGGAAGGGUUUGGCUUAUCUUCAUGAGCUUGCUGAUCCUCCAAUUAUACAUAGAGACAUUAAAUCAAAUAACAUACUUCUUGAUGAAAAUCUAACCGCAAAGGUUGCAGAUUUCGGUCUCUCCAAACUAGUGGGAGAUCCUGAGAAAACUCAUGUGACAACACAAGUUAAAGGAACCAUGGGCUACUUGGAUCCUGAGUACUACAUGACAAAUCAAUUGACGGAGAAGAGUGAUGUGUAUGGGUUUGGUGUGGUAAUGCUUGAGCUCUUAACUGGUAGAAGUCCAAUAGAAAGAGGCAAAUAUGUCGUGAGAGAGGUGAAGACGAAGAUGAAUACCUCGAGGAGCUUGUAUGACCUGCAAGAACUACUAGACACAACGAUUAUUACGAGCAGCAGCAAUCUAAAAGGGUUUGAGAAGUACGUAGAUUUAGCAUUGAGAUGCGUGGAGGAGGAAGGAGUGAAUAGACCAUCGAUGGGUGAGGUUGUCAAAGAGAUUGAGAACAUAAUGCAGCUUGCAGGGUUAAACCCUAACGGAGAUUCAGCUUCUUCUUCGAGAACGUACGAGGAAGCAAUCAAAGGAUCUGGUGAUCCUUAUGGAAAGGACUCGUUUCAGUACAGUGGGAAUUUCCCAGCUUCAAAGCUUGAACCCCAAUGAUUGAAUAUGGCUUUUUUGUGGUUAUUUUGUAAGUUACUACGUAUACUUGAAAUGCGUUGUGAAUGUGGACUUGCAUGAUUUGAUUUCGCUAUUUAUAACUGAUUUAUAAAGUGUAAGCACUGCUAGAUUUUAUUUUUGCUUCUACUAAAGGAGAGGAACGGAGCAAAACUCCAACUAAUAGCCACUA